AAUGGGCAGCAGAUGACAACGAGAGACUGUGCCAGAGAUUUCUCAGAGAACGUUGACGAAGCCCUUAACCACUAACCAUGCUCAAACACAAGCGUCUUCUUCUUCCCUCAGUGAAGUGGACCCUCACUGGUAUCACUUAUUUCAUAAUCCCGGCAAUGAUCUGUUGCCCAGUUGUUACUUCAGAAGUUAAAAAUGUGUGCUGGGCUAGAGUUGGUCAAUUCUCACCUCUUAAAUGUGCAUUUGAGUUGUUUGACUCCACCUUCUUCAAUGAUACAGAGAUGCUGGAAAUUGUGAAGGGUGACAAGGAGUUCAACACCCCUAUAAUCAGAGCUAACAGAAAGUUAGUUGCUUCAGUGAAUGGAGGGCUGAGUGACCCGUCUUAUUUGGUGUUUAAUUCUUGGUGGGGGAAAGAACAAGCACAAAAUGUGACUAGAAGAUUCAGUUUUCCUUCUCUUUCCAGCAUACAGAAACCGAGAAGCGAAGAAGACCUUGCCUUCCUGAGUAUUCUUGAAUUAGGACAACUCAUUAAGACAAAGCAAAUUACAUCCAAGGAGCUUACUACAAUUUUUCUGAAAAGACUUAAAAGGUAUAAUCAAGUUCUUGAGGCAGUGGUGACUUAUACUGAAGAAUUAGCAUACGAGCAAGCAAAAGAGGCUGAUGAUCUGCUUGCACAAGGAGUGUAUUUGGGUCCUCUCCAUGGGAUUCCCUAUGGUUUGAAGGAUAUAAUUGCAGUACCCCACUACAGAACAACUUGGGGUUCCAGAAGUUUCAAACAUCAAGUUCUUAACAUUGAAGCUUGGGUUUACAAGAGGUUGAAGUCUGCUGGGGCAGUUCUUGUAGCGAAGCUUGUUUCGGGAUCAUUGGCAUACGAUGACAUCUGGUUUGGCGGUAGAACAAGGAAUCCAUGGAAUAUUGAGGAGUUCUCUACUGGUUCAUCAGCUGGACCUGCUGCCUCCACCUCAGCAGGUAUGGUGCCAUUUGCAAUUGGAUCAGAAACAGCUGGCUCUGUGACCUACCCUGCCGCGCGCUGUGGAGUGACAGCAUUGCGCCCAACAUUCGGCACUACUGGCCGAACUGGAGUAAUGAGCAUAUCAGAAAGCUUGGAUAAGCUCGGUCCUUUCUGUAGAAGUGCCACAGAUUGUGCAAUUAUUCUGGAUGCUAUUAGAGGAAAGGACCCGGAUGAUCUUUCAUCAAGAGACAUUCCCUUUGAUGAUCCAUUUUCAGUUGACAUCACAAAACUCACUGUUGGAUAUCUAGAAGAUGCCGAGAUGGAUGUUGUUCAUGUUCUAGCCGCGAAAGGUGUAAAAAUGAUUCCUUUUAAACUAAAUUACACGGUUGAUUCUGUUCAAGGCAUUCUGAACUUUACCAUGGACGUCGAUAUGUUGGCUCACUUUGACGAGUGGCAGCGAUCGGGGCAGGAUGAGGAUUAUGAAGCUCAAGAACAGUGGCCUACUGAACUGCGUCGUGCACGAGUAAUUCCAGCAGUAGACUAUGUGCAGGCACAAAGAGCGAGGGGAAAGUUAAUCCGGGAAGUGAGAGAUAGCUUCACUGUUGAUGCAUUCAUCGGCAAUGCAACUGAUUGGGAGAGAGUUUGCCUUGGAAACCUUGUUGGCAUCCCUGUGAUUGUUGUUCCCACAGGUUUUAAGAACAUAUCACAGCCACAUCCAGGCAACAGUAGGAGAAGAACUACUAUCACCACUGGAAUUUAUGCUCCUCCUGAGAAAGACCACAUUGCUCUAGCUUUAGCUAUGGCUUUCCAAUCAGUCACCGAUCACCAUAAGCAGCGCCCUCCUAUCGAUGAUCUGGGACCGGACGAUGUAAUCCCAUAUCCAUCUUCAGUUUCUCCAGUUCGAAAUUAACCCGGAAAAUGUAGUGAAUAGUUUGAUAUAUUAUGUUGACAAAUUAUUUCUUUAUAUUACAAACCAUAUGUAUACUUGAAUACAAACCCGGACAACAAAGCAGUAACACUACUUUGAUGUAUAAUGUGAACAAUGUGACACUAAAAUAUGUGAAUAUCAGUACAAAUUCUGAUUUGUAUUUAA